AUGAUCGACUACUACCAUUGCUACACGAAAAAAAGGAGCGACAUCGGGCAGGCAUGCGGGUUCACCAAGUCCAAGAGCCAAGUAAUCGGGCGAAUAGAGCCAAACAGAGAGCUCCAGAAGAAAUACAUGUUCAAGGAAAAUAUAUACUACAGUGAUGAAAAUGUAAAAAAACGCAGUGAGUGUUACGUAAACAUAGAAAGCGUGAAACUACAAAACAAAUUCUUCUACCACAACGAAGGAGGAUGGACCAAAGACAUAGAUAUCAGUGACCAGCAGAACAAAAUAAAAUAUGUGAAAAGAUUAGACAAAGACAUAAACACAAUUAACAGUGUAAAAAUCUUAAUGAAUGAAACGACAAGAAUUAUUAACAAAAAUAAUAGCAUAGGUAUUUACAAAGAAUAUUUUCAAGAUGAGGACGAAGCGGAGGAAGAAUUUAAAAUAAAAUCUAUGCUAGUCAUUAAAGACAAAGCUAGAAAAUACUCCAGGUAUGUUACCUCCAUCAAAUGGCCAACAGACAGUAGCCAUAAAUUAGCUAUCUCCUACUGUGUAAAUAAUUAUAAAGAAAUUUUAAAUGACUCUCCAAAAAAUUGUCUACUAUAUAAUUUAAAUGAAAUAAAUAAUCCAUACCAAAUAUUAUUCUCCAAAACGUUUAUAAAAUGUUUGAGGUUUAACCACAAGAAUUCAGAUCUCCUUCUUGCUGGGUCAUACGAUGGUACAGUGAAUCUGUGGGAUUUACGAAAGAAGAAUACGUUAUGUGAAUCCUCUUCCAAUCAUGCUAGUCACAAAAAUAUCGUGCAAGAUGUUAUCUGGUUACAGACGAAGACAAAUAACCACUGCUUAUCUGUAUCCAAUGAUGGGCUCUGUUUGAUAUGGGACAUACGAAAUUUUAAUGAGCAUAUCGAAUCAUUUUCCUUGCACAAAGACAGCGGAGAGGUUUGUCACCUCGUGGAGACCACCAACUUGGACGCCUCAUCGAUGAAGAAUUCCCAUGGAGGUGUAGACAUCAACCAGUUCGUUACUCAAACGGCGAAUCUUCCAGGGAUGGGUGAAAAUGGGGUGAUAAAUAAAUCGCUCCCCACGACAGACACGGGUAUUGCAGAUGGUGCAGGAAACUCAAUUACCCUCUCCCCUCCCUCUGCUAGCCUUUGCUACAGCGCGAACUGUCUGGAAUGGAACUUGGAGGCGGGUCCAUCGAAAAUACUCGUUGGCACGGAUGAAGGAUAUGUUCUCUCCCUUUCCAAGAGACAAGCAAAAAAUCUAGAGAUGCUCCAAAAGUAUGGAGCGUCAAAUGAAAAACAUUUGUCCAGCAUUACCAGUAUCAAACGAAUUCCAAUAAAUUUAAAAUAUUUUCUUUCCACAGAUAAGUGGGGUUUUAAUAUAUGGUCAGAAGAUAUUAAGUUCCCAAUAAUUUCGAAUUAUUACGAUGAGUGCGUUAUUAAUAAAGGAUUGUGGAUUACCGACUCUUCCUUCUUCAUCUUGGCAAGGAAGGAUGGCUACCUGGAUUUUUGGAACCUCCUUUACAAUUUCAAUGAACCUAUUAUUCAGCACAAAGUUUGUAAUUCAUCCAUCACAGAAAUAGAUGGACACCUUAACAAUAAAUACAUUUCUGUUGGCAAUGACCUGGGAGAUACUCACAUCUUAAAGUUGGGGUCCACCUUCUGUAAAAAUACCAGUGAGGAGAAAAAUGCCUUAGAUCAACUGUUUGAGAGAGAGUCCAAGAGGGAAAAAAAUUUGGAGUACAUCCGAAAGCAACUCAAUUGUUUUCGAAAGAAACGCGAGUGCCUCAACAUGCAGGAUGUGUCCAUAUCGGAUGUCGUGGUAGAGGACACGCAGCGCGAGUAUGAGUCUCUGUUGUGA